CACCGACCGGAUCACGGCCGCGCAGCACAGCGUCACGGGGUCGGCCGUGGCCAAAGCCGUCUGCAAGGCGAGCACCCACGAAAUGAUGGGGCCCAAGCAGAAACACCUGGACUACCUGAUUCAUUGCACUAACGAGCUGAACAUGAGUAUACCGCAGCUGGCCGACACACUUCUGGAGCGCACGGUCAACAGCAGCUGGAUCGUUGUUUUCAAGGCUCUGAUCACAACCCACCAUCUCAUGAUGUAUGGCAAUGAGCGUUUCAUGCAGUACCUUGCAUCGCGAAAUAGUCUGUUCAAUUUAAGCAACUUCCUGGAUAAAAGCGUGAUACAGGGCUAUGACAUGUCUACCUUCAUCAGGCGGUAUAGCAGAUACUUGAAUGAAAAAGCCCUUUCCUACAGACUGGUAGCAGUUGACUUCACCAAAAUGAAGAGAGGGCCUGAUGGAGUCAUGAGGACUAUGGCGACCGACAAGCUCCUGAAAACCCUCCCAGUUAUUCAGAACCAGCUGGACGUUCUGCUUGAUUUUGAUGCACAUCCCAAUGAACUCACAAAUGGUGUCAUCAGUUCAGCCUUCAUGCACCUAUUUAAGGAUUCCAUUAGGCUGUUUGCAGCCUACAAUGAAGGGAUUAUUAACCUGCUUGAAAAGUACUUUGACAUGAAGAAGAACCAAUGCAAAGAAGGGCUAGAGAGUUACAAGAAGUUCCUGGCAAGAAUGGCCAAAUUAUCUGAGUUCCUGAAAGUUGCCGAGCAAGUUGGGAUCGACCAGGCUGAUAUUCCCGAUCUCACUCAGGCCCCAAGUAGCCUGUUUGAAGCACUGGAACAACACGUGGCUUCUUUGGAAGGCCGCAAGACCAAGGAACUUUUGGCAGCUUACAGAGCAAACAACCUGUCGAAUGCUGUAUCCACGCUUAGCAGCACUGAGAAGGCUCAUGGCGGAGUGGCUGAGAAGCAGAAGAAACAGACUUUGGAUGAAGAGCCAGUGGAAGUGCAGUGUUUAAAGGAAAGAUGUUUAAAAGAAAUUCCAUCCAUGGCUAAUUCUGCGUCUGCAUCCGAGUCUCCCGGGAUGAUAGGGAAAAACACCGCUGCUUCUCCCUCUGCUGACACUUUUGCCCCCAUCUUGCCUCCAUCCACCAGUCUGACCAAGGUUUCUGGAGACCUAUUUAAUCUUCAGCCUGCCUUUGUUUUCAACUCGCGGAACACUGCCACUACUUCGAAGAUGUCCCCAAGCCAAACCUGGGAAAAUGAGCUUCCUCUGCCGGCUGUUCCAAUCUCUGCUCCUUCAGAAGUUCUUAUGGAUUUUGACUCCGUGUUCGGAAGAAAACCACUGGAUUUAGAGAGUCAAGUGGCAGACGGUGAGUUUGAGCCAAAGCCUCUUCCGGAUGAUGCCUCCAAUCUAUCUGGGAAAACCCAGUGCCGGAGAGAGACGCUGCCCACGUCCUGGUGGGACAGAGAGGAGACGGAGGCUGAACUUCACAAGCGAUUGCAUGGGGUGCUCUUCACGGCUUCAGGUGCGGACUUAGAUAAUGCUGCCGCCCCGCCGGCGUCAACUGCUCCAGAACACAAGGAGGCUACCCUCACUCAGCAGAGUGGCUCCAUCCUUGGGAACGACUUGGACACCUCCCUCGCCAACCUUAUGGGAAAUCUUGACUUUGGAACGAGCCCCAAAAAAUCUGACAUCCAAUGGAAUCAGCCUCCUGAAAAGAAAAUGACGGGUGGAACAAACUGGCAGGUGAAGACAAGCACAUCAACCACUUGGAAUCCUGCCUCCAUCUCUUCUGUUCCACAAGUGAUGCCUGUCCCCAUGUCCUAUCCGAUGCCCACCCAUCAGCUACCUGUAUAUGGCAUGGUACAGACACCACUGGGAGCCGUCCCCCUCGUGACUUCCCAGCCUUUAAUUUAUGCACAGCCAGGCCUAACGACCACUAACCCUUUUGCUCCUGUCUCUGGACCCCAGAGCCACUUCAUGUAGAGCUCCCGGGCAGGAGAUGUGCUACAACUCACCAUGGGCACAAAGAAGAGGAAAUGAACAAUCGCCUUUUGGGUAGCAUAGGGUUAGAACCAGGGCAGUCUUUUCCAGUGUAAUAAAAAUCGAAUAACAAUUCCA